AUGGCGGAAGUAAGGUAUAGGGUGAAGAAGAAGAAGGAUGAUCGAUUUAACAAUGCCAAUCAACUAAAGAAUUCCAAAAUUAAGGAAAUGGGAAAGAGAAAGCGGGAUUUCUUGAAAAGGAUCAAUUAUAAGCACUUUUUCACUGUUUUAAUUUGUCCCUUGUUUGCUAUUAUCUAUUUGAUUAAAUACAGUGAGUCCAUAUUACCCAAGAAUACUCAGACAUUCUGGUUUUCAGUGUUUUAUUUCAAUUUCACCAUUCUAGCCUUUACAUCAGGUUAUCAUAAGUUUUUCACUCACAAUGCAUUUGUCACCAAGAAUAAUUUAUUGAUUGACUAUUUCACCAUUUUCGGCAGUAGCAUGGGUUUAGGGUCCAUUAAAUGGUGGGGUAGUCUUCAUAGGGCGCACCACCAGUUUACUGAUGAUGUUGAAAAAGAUCCAUACUCUAUAAAAAGAGGGUUCUUAUAUUCACAUUUCGGGUGGAUCAUAAUGAGACCUAAAGUGUUAUCAUUUUACAAUGAGUUGUUUGAUGAAUUCUGUAAGAUAACCAUAGAAAACGAAGUCGAAACGGAAAUCUUUGAUAAUGAAAUCGAUAAGGAAUUUAUUCAAGAGAAACAAGAAAGACUUGAGUAUUCCAAUAAUAUCAAACUUCUAAUGCAAUGGCAAGAUAAAUGGUAUUUUGUGCUUUUCGUACUUACGACUUUGGUGAUUCCUGCAUUAGUGACGAAAUUUUAUUGUGAAGACUCCUUAAUCAAUGGUAUUAUUUAUCCUGGAAUACUAAGAAUGUUCCUAUGUCAGCAAAGUUUGUUAAGUACAGAAUCGAUUUGUCAUUUCAAAGAAAUUCAAAUAACCAUUCCAUCUCAACCUUUCAAUGAUUCCAACUCCUCCAUCAAUUGCAAUAACCCUUUGAUGGCAAUCAUAACUUAUGGACAAUCAAAACAGAACUUUCAUCAUGAAUUCCCUCAUGAUUAUAGGAACGAUUCUUCCAAAGUUUCUUUCGAUCCAACGAAAUGGUUUUUGAAUGUGCUUGAGAAGUUGAGAGUCAUAACCGAUGUCAGUAUUACACCUAAGGAUCUUGUGACACAAUUAAGAAUUCAACAACGUCAAAAAGUAUUGAAUAAAUUGAAAUCUCAAUUAAAUUGGGGAACACCCAUUUCCAAAUUACCUUUGAUAAAACCUGACGAGUUCAAGAGAUUGAUCUCAACAUCAGCUCACAAAGAUAGAAUUUAUAUCGUUAUAUCCAAUAUAAUUCAUGACAUAACACCUUUCAUGGAUCAACAUCCUGGUGGAGUUCCUUUAUUAAAAGCUAGCCACGGUAAAGAUGCUACCAAAGCAUUUUUUGGUGGAGUUUAUAGUCACCUGACAGCUGCUUCUAAUUUGUUAGCUACUAUGAGAAUCGGGUAUUUGGAUUUAGGUAAUGAAGAAGAAGUUUGGGAUAAAAUAGUGGUCGAAGAAGGUGAAGAUACUACUCAAAAUCAACGUCAAUAUGAAUCGGCGGAAGCUGCCUAA